AGCUUAGAAUGAUAGUAAUUGAGAAUGUGGGGCCUCGAUCCCCGGCAACAACUAAGAGACGGUGGGCAAACAAGAUUAAGUGGGGGUUCCUCUUGGGCCUCAUGGUGCUCAUCUAUGGCUCUCACGCACCGCUUAUCACUCUCACCAAGGUUGAUGGUCAAGUCCCAUUCAACGCCUCCUCCUGCGUCCUCAUGAUCGAGUUAGCCAAACUCCUCAUCUCCCUGCUGAGCCUGGCUCUCACCGGUUCCACAUCAACCCUUAAAUCUCCUCCAUAUCUGCUCCUCGUGGCCCCUUACGCUGUCCCCGCCGUGCUGUACACCUUUAACAACAACCUGGUUGUUGUCAUGCAGGCCUACAUGGAUCCAAGCUCAUUCCAAAUGCUCUCCAAUCUCAAAAUAGCUUCGACCGCAUUGCUGUACUCCGUCUGUCUGGGAAAAAGGCUACGGUCUGCUCAGUGGGCCGCCUUGGGGCUUCUCAUGGCUGCAGGGGGCUUCCACAGCUACAGCACCCUGGAUCUACAAGGUCCUCAGAGGGCUGACGUGGAUGAGGGUCCCAGGCUUCACAUUACUGCUUGGGGGCUUUUUCUUGUGCUGGUGUACUGCGGUGUGUCAGGGCUGGCUGCAGUUUACACAGAGAGGGUGCUGAAGAGCCAAAAGUUGCCCCUCAGCGUACAGAAUCUCUACCUCUAUGUGUUUGGAGUGGCAAUCAACGGGCUGUCCUCUCUCUCCACUAUAGGAAGUGACAAAAGGUUUCUGGAAGGCUACUCCUGGGUGGUUUGGGUCAUCAUCACAGGGCAAGCAGCAAAUGGACUUCUGAUGUCUGUGGUGCUCAAACAUGGCAGCGGGAUCACCAGGCUGUUUGUCAUUUCCUCCUCCAUACUGGUGAAUGCGCUGCUAUCCUGGGCCAUCUUAGGCUUACAGCUCACUCCUUUGUUCCCUCUACCUUGUGCUAUGAUUGGACUGGCAGCUUACCUUUAUUACAGAUAACAUAGAGUUUGUUAGAGAACGGCUUGUUUGGCUUCAAAGGAGCUCCAAACAAAGACUGCCUGUUGUUGACCAUAACAUUUGAGAUUCAUUUGUUGGUACUGUGCAUUUCAAGACUAUCCAUAUCCCUUGCACUUGUUUACAUUUUUGUCACAUUCCAACCUCAAACUUCAGUGCAUUAUGUUGAGGAUCAUGGUCCAGCUGGAAACCUUUUGAAGCCUCUGACCAGCCGUGUGCAGCAUUAAGGUCCAUCUAUUGUCACCUAAAUUCUGACUGGCGUCCCUGUCCUUACUUAAAGAAAAAUGGAGCAUGAUUCUUGCAGGGUGUGUUAUGGGGCUGGUAUUUCUGCCACAUAGUGUUUUGCAAAUUGUUUCGUUUAACCAGAGCAGCUUCUACAUGUUUGCUAUGUCCCCUAAGCGGGUUACAGCAAACGGCAAACAGGACUUCUUAUGUCUAUCUUUCAACAAUGACUAUCUUCCUGACACUCUGCUAUAAUGGCCAGAUUUGUGAAGUGCAUCAUAAAUGGUUUUCCCUUUCAAUAGGUUCUUCCACCUGAGCUGCGGAUCUCUACAACUCCUCCAGUGUUACCAUGUGCCUCUUGGCUACUCUGAGUAGUACUCGCCUUGUUCGGCCUGCCACUUCGGGUUUAGGGGCCAUGUCGUGGUGGGUUUGUUGUCGUGCCGUACUCUUUCAAUCUGAACAGUGCUCCAUGAGACGUUCAAACCUCCACAACUUUAACCCCGACAUGUCCUCUCUGUCCUUUGACCUUCAUGAUGCUGUUUGUUCAUUAAAGUUCUCUAACUAACCUCUGAGACUUUCACAGAUUAGAUGGAUUACUUCUGAAGGGUUGCACUAGAUUUUUAGAUGUACGUUGGUAAAAAAGACCUGAAUACAAAUGCACACUACGGUUUUUAGUUGUAGUAUCAUUUUCCUUCCACUUCACAGUUCUGCAGUACUUUGCUGUGGUCCAUUAAACCCAUGAAAUGCACUGAAGUUUGCAGCUAAAGCGUGACGGAAAGUGGAAAACUUCAAGGGAUAUGAACAGUUUUGCAGGUUUUUUUGCCUUUUUAUCUGCCUUCUGAGACUGAACUGCUUUAGUCAGAUCCCGUCGCUUAUUUCAUUUACCAAAGACUUAAAAGUGUUAUCUGUGGGUCAUUGAAAGAGCUGACAAUAUGAAUCAAAUGUUGAUUUUUUAUUUCACACUGUUACAUUGUUAAAGAGACAUUCUGCAAGGAUCCAUAAUCAUAAAUAUUAUGUCGUCUUUAAACAGCAGCAUCAUGGAUAGUGUUACAUGUUGUGUUGAUGACCAAUACAUUUUCUGAACCAUUUA